AUGUCCAAAACAGACUCACCGAAUUCUUCAACCUUUGAUGUAGCCACGCUAAUUGAUGCCAUUCAUCGUGAAGUGGAAGGCGACGACACUCUCCCGUCCGAGGAAGAGCCCAAGGUGGACGGCAGUCAGUGGCCCUCCUCCACUAGCUUGAAGUUCUACGAUGACUUCGAUUUCAUUGACUUUGGUGAUACGGCCGAGGAGCAAGUAGUUGUCUCGGCUCCUGAGCAGCCAAAGCUUGAAAAGCGAGGAUCCCUUGGCAAGCGUAGUCGUGGUCUUGGAAGGUCGCAGACCAUCAAGACCUGUCUCUGCCUCUUGGGAGAAGAGUCUUGA